AUGAAACCAGCCCAGCACACGCUUUUUCGAGAUCAAGUGAGCACCCUUGUGGAGUGGUUUGCAAACUGGAAUGAAUGUGAACAGACAAUUGCGUUAUACACUCUGCUCAAACGAAUUUCCACCAUUCAGGCACGAUUUCUGUCUUUGAUAUUGGAGCACACGUUUCGCGACGAUUCCCGUGAAGUUCAAAUGAUGCAAUGGCGCGCAAACGACAAAGGUAAACUGUAUGGCUCACGUGGGGGCGUUUUUUGUUUUGUUUACUACGACUAAGUUUGUACAAUUGUAGCGUAAUAUUCCUGGGAUAAUUUACUCGAUGACGAAAAGUCUGUCAAAGGCGCGAAAGAAAUCACCCUUUACCAUUAACACGCUAUCGUGAAAUUCAGUGUCUUUCUUUUCGAUCGCCUCUUGAAUGCAGCUAAAUUAAAUACGCAAACACUUUUUGCAUGUAUUUCUCACGUAUUUCAUUUUAUACAACAGUGGUUAUUUUCAAAAUUUCCGGUUCAGUGUGGAAAGAAAAAGGGCAGUUUUCUUUUCCGCAGUCAACUCUAAACAAUAACUCAUCAAGCUGUUUUCUUUCCUUGUUCAUCCUAAAAAAGUAAACGCAAUAAUUUUUUGUUAGGCUUUUGAUGGACUGCUGCUAAAUAUAACGUUUACAACAUAAGGUAAGAAUUAUUCCACUUUCAAAAUACUAAAACUGAAAAGAAGAAAGAAACACAAAAAAGGUUAGACGAAAUAAUAAUGAAAAAGUCAAAUCAACAGAGCUCAAAACAAUAACAAAAAGUACGGCACAUUUGUCACCAUGUAUUCACUAAAUUACCUGAGAAUGUGAUAAUUUUCUAAGAUACUAGAACGGAUCAAAUUAAGGCAUCAGUCAAUUCCAGAUGUGACCAUCCCCCACCCAUCAAGGCACCUGCAGAACAUUUGCAUGCGUUUUUAGUCUUGGGAGGGAAGGGGGGAGGGGGUGGGGGUGGGGGUGGAAAAGCAAAUUUAGAACAGUCCAGGGUUCAGGGAUUUGCUUUGCCUAGACCCUGGGGCUUUUCACACACCCAUGGUUUCUGACUCAAAAACCAAACAUGGAAUACUGUAAAAUUCUGAAACUAGGCCCCUCCAUGUAUAAGCUGCUCCAAAUAUAAGUCCCCCAAACCAGUAACCCCCCCCCCCCCCCCUGGAGGCUUGUACUUUGCAAAUUUCCCUCAAACACAAAGUGCAACAAAAAAACCGGUAAAUUCACUUCCAACUAUAAGGCUAGCCCAAUCGAUUUUGAAACGCAAAUUCCCUCCGUAGAUAAGCCCCUCCAAAUACAAAAAAGGGCCUUUGAAAAAUAGAAGCCCCGGGGCUUAUUUUCGGAAUUUUAUGGUAUUUUAUUGGAUAGGACCACUGAAUAUUGACUUGUCUGUCAAGGACCUGGAUAAACUUGCUUGGAUUCUUUAAAGUUAUGAUUUCUCGAUUUUAUGCAUUUCCUUGUUUCUUAUUGAGCCACAACUUUAAGCAAUCACUGUGUAAAGCGAAAACUGGCUAAGUGUUGAUUGGAGACAAGCCAGGGGAAGGAGCCUUUGUCAUAUUCCUUCUUCUACACCACAGGGUUUUGGCAGCUCAGGUGGCUCCCCUUGACUAUUAAAAAAAAAUAAGUGGCUCCACCCCUGGGAAUUUGACAUCCAUCAAAAAAUUAUUAGAAAUGCCUGUGGGUCACCCUGGGGUAAAGGUGCAGCUGGAAUUUAGUAAUGUAUUGAUAUAAAAAUGAAUAUUUGUGUAAAAUACAGUUUUAAGUCCCUAUAGCAGGAUUGCAAAUAAUAUUUGCCUUCUCAGGAAGGACAUAAGUCUGACAAACUUGUAAUUAUUUUCCGACAAACCAAAAUAGCUGUUGAGCAUUCAUUUCAUUGAUUUUUAAUGUCUGUUCAGAGUCGGAGUCUGAGUUCUAAGCAGAGUUGUAAGAGCGAUUAUGACCCAGUGAAAAUUAAAAAAUCGGAGUCGUAAGUGAAGUCAUAGGCGUGACAGAGUGAGAGUCAGAAGAAUCAGAAUGUUUCUGUUUCUUCAGACUCCCGCUUAAGACUCUGUCGUUAAAUUCCAGUUAUGAUCUAGUGGACACCAGAUUGUCGGAGUCAGAAGCACAAGCGAAAGGAUAAACCAGUCACAAUUCCGGUUCCCAUGCUUUGUGAUUGGGUUAGUCUUCCCCUUCUGCUUCUGACUCUAACAAUCUGGUUUUCACUAGAUCGUAAGUGGAACGUGAGCGACAGAGUCAUAAGUGGAGUCAGAAUGCUGUUUUCACUAGCUCAUAAGCUCUACGCCUCUGAUUACUACUCGGACUCCGUGGCUAGUGAAAACCAGCCUUUAGUUUCAUAAUGAUGGUCAUUAACAUUUGAUUUGUCUGGUCUGACAUCAUGUCCGACUGGAGGUAGGACUUUGUCUGAUGACCAACUGUAAUUUUAAUCUUGUGUCUCAAGUCUAAAUGCCUUUCAUUUACAUGUAUUCUAAAGAAAUCCAUGUCUCUGUCAGCAUUCUACAUUUCUGCUGGUGGUUAUCUUCUUUGUCACAAAUCAAAUCCAUCUUUGUGACAUUUUAUUAUCAUUUCACUUGCACUGUGUCUCUGUUCUGAAGUUGGUGGGGUCCUCCCUAUAAUGCCUACACAGAGAGUCUCCACUCAAAAGAGGUACCUUUGUCAGGCAUCAGAUACAUAAAAGGGUGGGGAAUUCACUGGUUGAAGUAUAUAAAAAGGGUUGGGUAAUGUCAUUUCAGCCUGUAGAAGUACCUAAAAGUGAAGAAAACUUGCUGGUUUGAUGAUUUAAGACAGUGCAUUUACAGCAAUUAAAAGGGAUGUAGCAUUCUAAAUUUGCAGAAGGGGUAACUUGCUCUUCACUGUCUAAAAUCUUAUGUAAUGGAGCCUCGCCGUAUAAACCUUUGUUGAGUGCCCCCUCCACCAUGUCACCUGUCAAAAUUGUGGUUUUAACAAUAUCGGGGCUUCAUGUAGGUGAAGGGCUUUGUUCAUUCAAUUUGGAGAGGAUAUGAUGUGUUUUAGUUACAGGGGUGGAGGGUGGAUUCAAAUUUGAAGGCAGGGAUGGGGGGAAAAUUAAUGAGUCUUUAUACAGAGAGUCAGAAGAUUAAGUUGCUGUAUUGCUUGAACCCUGUUUCCUAUUUUAAGGAGUAGUAUUGCUACUGACGUAAAAAGCCAUCUAAACAGAAUAAUCUGGAAUGAUAUUGUUCUUAAAUAAGUUAAUUGAAUUGAGGGAUUGGAUUUGAAUAGUGUAUAGUAUAUACCGUUUGUAGUUCGCAUAAAUUUUUACUGUUUCGUGUCUUGGUAUUCAGAGUGAUGCUAUUGUUAAAAUGAGUUGGAAAAAAGGGGAAAAAACUGGUUGUGGAAUUUAUCCACAGAAUCAAACUGCAAGAUCUAUAGCUUAUAUUGAGUGCAAAUUAUUUUUGUUCAGUGAACAAAUGAUAUUAAGUUACAUUACCAUAGUGUCUGAAAAAAGAUCUUGAAUAGUGCUUUUGUUUUGAAAAGAUAAGUUUGAUUUAAUAAUUUAAACAGUGCUCUUUGUUGUCUGGUUUUAAAGCAGGUUCUGGUUAGGGAUUUGUCAUAAAUACCUGAAAUUUACAGUGUGUCAUAAACUUUGAAUAUUAUAUAUUCUUUGUGAACCUGGAUUUAAGUAUAAUCAUCUUUGAAAGUUUGAAAUCAAUAUUGUGCACCAGGUAUAGCCUUCUGGAAUAUUCCAUAGUAGUGUGGUAACUUUAAUUUCUCCUCCAGUGAACUUGGUAAUUGUUAAUCUGCCUAAACAUCAGACAAANUUGUGGAAUUUAUCCACAGAAUCAAACUGCAAGAUCUAUAGCUUAUAUUGAGUGCAAAUUAUUUUUGUUCAGUGAACAAAUGAUAUUAAGUUACAUUACCAUAGUGUCUGAAAAAAGAUCUUGAAUAGUGCUUUUGUUUUGAAAAGAUAAGUUUGAUUUAAUAAUUUAAACAGUGCUCUUUGUUGUCUGGUUUUAAAACAGGUUCUGGUUAGGGAUUUGUCAUAAAUACCUGAAAUUUACAGUGUGUCAUAAACUUUGAAUAUUAUAUAUUCUUUGUGAACCUGGAUUUAAGUAUAAACAUCUUUGAAAGUUUGAAAUCAAUAUUGUGCACCAGGUAUAGCCUUCUGGAAUAUUCCAUAGUAGUGUGGUAACUUUAAUUUCUCCUCCAGUGAACUUGGUAAUUGUUAAUCUGCCUAAACAUCAGACAAAAACAUAACAAUGGAGCUUAGUUGAAUAUAACACAAGUUAAUAGACUAAUUUAUGCACAGUUAGUUGUUAGUCAUACCUGCCAGUUAAAUACCUGUCUGGUUUUUUGUUGUCCAUUUUUGAGUAAUGCAUCAUGUACAUUCAAUCUCUCCAUUUCAUUGUUUAACUUUGUCUUGUUAUUUUGGCCAAGACCAUGUGCACAUGGCUGAAUUCUUCUGUGAAGGGUUUAAUGAAAAAAGUGUAAAUAUUUAUUCUGACCACGUGGUAAAAGUACUUGAAGUUAUUUCUUUAAUAGAUGUCAUGUUUUCAUUCUUUUGAUUUUCAACAAUAUCGAAGUUUUGUAACAUUUUGUUUAGAAAUGUGUUUAAGUUAAAAUUGCAGUUACAGUAAGUGGUAAGUAGGUAUUUUUUCUUUGAAGUUUCAAGUCUGUUGAUGAAACCACUUUAGGGGUACCUAAACAUGGUACAGUACUACAAGCACUUUUUUACAGAACAUUUUCCUCACUAAUAAUUUAAGUACUACUAAAGAAGUUAAUGGUUUUAGACUAGAUGGGAUGAAAAUAAUGUCACAUUGUAUUUCAUGGGGCAAGCAAGUGAUAAAAUUUGCCAAUAUGAGUAAUCAUGGUCAAGUUAAAAAUGAGACCAUGAUUUAAUAGUCGUUCAAAAUGUUAAGGUUAAGAUUUGAUAAGAUUUAAGACACCACUGUUUGCUGUGAGGAUAUCUACGGUUGCUACUGCAUCCAAAAUGUAACAGUGAUCACUUCCUCCCAUAAUUUGGCAUUAGAUGUAAAUGUUUAGGUUAAAUGUUCUUCAUUUUCCGUUGUCUGGAAUAAACAAACUCAACUAUGAUUUACAAAUUUUUUUCACCUGUUUGCCCCCUGAAAUACCACAUGACAUUGCUUUUAUCCCAUUGGUCCUUUAGCACGGGCAAAGAUGGCAGGUGUCCUAAAUAAGCUCUGUUAAAAGCCAACCUGAAAGCUGAGCAAAGAAAACAAAGCUGCUGUUGCAAAUUGCACACCAUUUAAUUAAGGAUUUAUUGAGAAAUUAUUUUUUAUGAUCCUAGAAUAGGUUUAUGUUUGGGUAUUUAUAGAACAGAUAGAUGACUUUUUACCAAAAAUAUUGUCACUGCACCUAUCUCUUGGUUUUUGCUUUGUACAUUUGCAUCAGUCAAGACAAAUGUUUUCCUUUCAGAGGGUACAAAUUGCUGAAUUAAGAAACCUUUUAAUUCUCUAAGUACUGGUAGUUUAGUGAACACUGUCCCACUCUGACGACCAGUGAAAAGUAAGCUUAGAAUCUUAGAAUCUUUACUAUUCAUGACUAUGAAUAAUGUUGGUGAGGAGAGAACAAGAAUUCAUGAGAUUCGUUUUGACAAAUAAUUAGGGCCAGCAGACAAAGGAAACUGAAAAUUAAAAAAUAGAGAUAUAUAUAUACUGGGUUGAAAUGCAUUAUGAUGUGAUCUUUAGUUCAUGAUUUGGUAAUUAUUCUUUCACAUUGAAGGAUUAAUUAAAUACUUACCUUUUGAGGCAAGUGCUGAGAUUUUUGUCUUGUCAUGACUGGGAUUUUCAAAUACCUCCCAGCAGCUUCUGAAGAUUUGGGAAGACCUCAAAAUAUUGCCAAAAAUGAAUGAAGAUAUUCUGACGACCUUUGAGCACUUCCGCAGCUAUUUACUAGUAAAAGGCAAGAAGGUUAGCAUGUGAUACAGUUAGGACAGAAAGUCAACAUGAAGUGCCUUUUUGGGAUAUUGUUGGGGAAAUUGAUUGGAAUUUUCAUUAUCAAUCAUGUGCUAAAGAAAAAUUUGUCUGGAUUUGUGAUUAAGGUGUGAGAAAUUAUUGUCUUUGAUGCAUGAGAUCAAUGUGUUAAGUUCACAGAUGUGAGACUUGUUGAUAUAAUGCGUGAGAGUUGGCCAUUAUGUCAAAUUGUUGUUGGUAGUAAAGCGUAACGGACAUCUGAUUAUUGAGUAAAUUAAUAAUUUUUUCAAUGAUUUAUUAACCACACAAAAUUUACCUGAGAUAAUAAAAUAAAAUAAAAUAACUAUUUUACAGCUCCAAUAGCUAACACUAACAACAACAAAAAAGCACUAACAAUACAAAAUAAAUAAAUAACUAUAGUUCUUACAACAAUUCCUACUAAUCACUAAGGUCACUAAGAUAACAAUGACACUAUAUCACAUCUAAGUACUUAGUACUUAAAUUGAUAAUUUUUUAAGUUGACCAAUGUUAUUACAUCUCUUUGCAGAGUUCUUAAGCAGUCUGUUACGUGAAAGCAAAGAUUUCGCUGUUAAACAGCUUUUGAUGCAUCUUCCGUUACUCAACCCACGGAAUGAUGAGGCCAGAUAUCAAUAUCUUCAGUUACUCUCAAAGAUUCUUCACCAUACAGUAGAACACUCCAUUCACCAAGAAGAAUGUCGACAGCUCUUGUCACUCUCAGUAGUUCAUCCUGCUUUCCCUCCCGAGGAAAGGACAACACUUCACAGCUGGCUGAGCCAACUCGACAAGAGUCUUGGUGUUCAAGAGAGACUUCAUGUUACCAAUUCUUGUAUAUCAGAAAACUCUGAUGUGUUACCCAACACUGGCUGUGAGAAUCUUGUGAGGCAGAACUACAUGCGUAACAGGAUGAAUGGCUGGCGAAAUCAGCAACUUGUUCAUGUGGACUCUGGACUUGGUGGUUCGUUUGAAUCACCUCCAGUUCCAUCACCUCAUCUUUCAGUUUCAUCCUCUAUGAGGAAAAGCAGGUCAAAUUCACUCACCCCUCCACCCCCUGUUGAUGUUCAAGACUCCAUUAUAGAGGAUUAUGUGGAAACCAAUAAUAUUGAAAUACGUCCGGGCAGGUCCCAGUCUUUUCCGGUGGAUCCUCAUAGAUUAAAUCACUCACUGUCACCUCAGUCAUCGCUUGAAAGUGAAUUUGAUGAAAAUGGAUGUCGGCAAAGAGGAGGCAGUUUCAAUGAAGAUGCACGUCCUGGCAUGAAAGGUUAGAUUGACUUGGUUGAUACCAAGCUUUGAUUUCUUGCAACUCUACCCUUCCCAAAUAUACCAGUAUGAAUGAGUUUGGUAGUAUCUUGACUACUACUUGCUUAUUGCACUGGUUCUUUGUUGAUCUCAUCUACAGACCACCUCAAAAAAAUGACUCUGCGGGUGCAGUCACUGCUGGGUACUCCUUGGUAAUUUAUGUCUUCAUUUGUAAGUGCUUGAAAGAAUUAAAAUUCUUUCUUCUGAAUUGCAGAUGUUGGAUCAUGGUUGAAGAAUCUAAGAUUGCACAAGUAUGGUAGUCUGUUUUCUCAGCUCUCUUAUGAAGAAAUGCUUGGACUCAAUGAGGAAUACUUGGAAAGCAAGGUAAUUUGUCAUUUCAGGUAGUGUUAAAAGUGGCAAAGGUUUUGGUCUGAUAUCACAUUAAGAGGCUGUUUACAUGGUGUGAGGAGCAUCCUUGCACCAGAAAGAUCUUAGAAAGUGGAACAACUUUUUGUUGGGUUUACAUGCAGAAAUUUCAGUCUGUGUGGUUAUCAACUAGAGAAGGAAUAAAAUAUGGCAGGUGACAAAAACAAACAUGGAAUUUGGGGCCCUUCUGCUCUCUUCACUUGCAUUAGUAACUACCUUUCAACAGCAACUGGCAGUUCGUCAGCUCUUGGGAACGCUAAACGAAAUUGUCAGCCUUUAUUGCUGUGAUUACCCACUGAACAACCCAGUACCAUUUUUGUCUGGUUUGUCCCUAGUAAUAGGAUCUUCCUAGCAAAAGCAGUUUACAUGGGAAUAGGACUGUUCUCUUGCUAGAAUCUUCCUACCUCUCACUUAGCUAGGAAGAUCCUACGGCUAGGGACAUGAACAACCCUUUGCAUGUACAGUUAACUUUCGCCUUGCGGACACCCCGUUAUAACGAGUACAGCGGCUACAUCCCAGGCAAAAAUAAAUUAUAGAUGUUUGACUGAAAAACAACUCCCACUACUAUGGGCUCUGGCUAAUGAGGAUACUGACUCAAGGUCCCUACAGUGUCCGCUCUAAAGGGAGUUCACUGUAAACUGAAUACCGAAAACAUGGUGCUAGGAUGAUUCACCUUCGGGGUUCUUUCUUCCUUAAUGUAAACAGCCCCUAAAUAAACAAGCAGUUUUAAAAAGCAGUGGAGUGGCAUAACUAAAAAAUAUUAGAACCGUCUCUCCCUACAUGUAAAAUGGUGCUUGGAUCAUUUUGGUCCAGAAAAUUGGAGAUGAACACUAACCUUUAAAACUACCCUCAAAAUUUAAUUAUGUUUCAUAUUUUUGUCUUGAAACGUUAAGGAGCUUUUGAACACAAAUGACUUUAGGUAAUAGUCCAGCAAACUCAAAACGAAGGAGAAAGGAACGAAGACUUAAGUUGACAGCAGGACUUAAAAAAGAAAAGUGAUGCAAAAAGCAAUUGCAGCCUCUGCUGUACUGUUUGUAGUAAAAACCGCUUAAGGUUGUCAGUAUUUUUACUGGAAUUUUAUUUUUUUUUAACAGGGUGUAACCAAAGGAGCUAGGAACAAGAUUCUAUUGAGUAUUAAAAAACUCUCCGAAAGAGGAGAAUCAUUGUCACGUCUGGAAAAGGUAACAUGAUUUUCACAGGAUUAAUUGAAGUCCAUGGUAACAGGCAGUUUCAAAAUUUAGUGUUAGCAGCAAGUUUUGUGCAUACAUCUUUGAAUGAGCAUGUUGUUAUGGUAAAUUCUCUUUUCUCUGUUAAUUACACCCCCUCUCUCAAAUAAGCUCCCUCCUCUAAGUAAAUAGAAAAUUUUGGAUUCAUUAUUAAUAUUAGCUGGCAUAGUGUCAAAUUACUGUAAAUCCUCUAUUAAACUGCCAGGGGGUUUUGAGGGGGGGCUUAAUAGAGAUUGGUUGGCGGGGGGAGGGUUAUUUUACAAUUUAGCAAAGAUGGUGGUAUCAGGUCUCCAUAAGGAACUACAGUGAAAAGUGGAAAGGCUCAAGUGCAAUAUUGUUUUGUUGCUGUUACUUUUUUUUCCAGGAAGUACUUCAACCUGGUAAACUACAAGGAGUAUUGAGUGGACUGAAAGAAAUAUUAAUCACACCGAUAAAACCAUUUAACCCUUCUUCUCCGGAGGCAGCACUCCAUGUGCCUUACCCACCAACACUGACGCCUGAUCAACCAGCUCCAAAUGUUCCCCCACACCCUGACGAUUUAGCUUCUAGAAUAACAAGAGUUUUGGGUAAAGGUGAGUGGGCUAGCAAUAUUAGAGUUGACCCAGGCUGGCCCUGCGAGCAAGCUCUCCAUUUCGAGUGUUGAGCGACAAGCAGUUUUUAACACAUGGAGUUGUUGAUGCAAUAACGAUGUCAAAAACCGUGAUCACCAGCAUAGUUAUCUUUCCCCCAUGUUCUAAUAGGUAAUCAAAUGGUAGUCAUUUUUACUUGUGAACACACUUUAUACUUAUUCAUUAAAGCUUUGUUCUUUGUUGUUAUCUCAUUGAUCAGCUUGCACCCAGAUUCUUGUGUCAAGAGCAGAUGAGGAACACUGUAAUGCUUACCUUCUGCUUCUUGAUAGAGUUCUUAUGCUAGAGGUAAUGCUACUGACCAGGAUUUGAAUUUUUUCUAUCCUAAACCAUGUUUCAUACAUUUAUUGUUUACUCUUUCCUCUGUUGCUGUUUUUCUGUUUUUACCCAAUUAUUAGUUUGAGGUCUUAGAGUUUCAAGGUAAUUUUGUACUUUGCAAAGUAAUGACUCAGAUAUUGUGAUACAGCUUAACUUUUUAACAGCAAGUGCUGAGGAGGUGCUUCUAACAAGAAAAAGAAAAGAAGACAGUUACAUUAAAAAUGUUUUACUGAAGAAUGAGGGUACUUUUAUGAAUAAAUUUUUUUGAGUUUUCUGUCAAUGCAAGCAACUAUUAUUUGACUAUUGAAAUAUUUCCAGUAAAUAAAACAUGGCCCAAAGAGCAUGAAAUGGGACAUAAGAAUCUUGAAAUCUGGUUUCUCUGCCAGGCAUUUACUCCCUCCCAGAAAGGAAGAAUUCAGUCAUGGAAACAAGAGUGUCAGAGACUGGUGAGACAACGGCGACCAUCACAUGAAAACCGACAAAGGGGGUAAGAUCCAGUGGUUGUGUUACUGAAUUUGUUGCCUAUUGUACUGUUGGUUAUUGGGUGAAUUAGCAUAACGAUGGCGGCAUGACAUGUCUGUUUGCAUGUCCAUUUCAAAUUUGAAAUCCACAGUGAGAAUCAAAAGCGAUUAAAUGCCAACUGAAAAGUAUGCCUUUUUGCACUGAGCUUUCAUGAUUUAUGUUAUUAAUUUUGUUUUUCUUUUCUGCCCUUGUGACAUAUUGUAAUCUACUUAGUAAUCUUUUGUAAUAGACAGUGCAAAAAAUAGAAAAUCUGAAUCUGGAUGACCUGUGGUGUUGUGUAAUUAAAUAGGUUGCCUCUGGAGAUGUUUUAUUGAGUCAGUCAUGCGUGGUUGUUGAUUGAGUUACAUUUGUUGUUGUGUAACUAAGAAAAGCUUACCUGUGGUAUAGUUGUUGGGUUACCUCCAGGGUAUAGCCUGCAAAAACAGUUAUCUCCCCCUACUUCUUACUGCUAAGGAUGUUUUGCAAGGAGGGACGUCUGCCCCUUCACCAACAGAAAUUUCAUGCUGAUGAGGUAAAAUCUGUCCACAGUCUUGUCAGGAGCUCUGAUUGGUUGACGUAGUAGUUAUAUUGUUUUAGCUAUUCUUUUACAAACGACAGUCAAAAAGCAAACUGUCACAAAGGUCACAUGUAAACGCGAUGAAUUUACUACAAAACAGGCAAUAUUUGUGAAAUACAUCCACUUAAGAAGGAAGGAGAAGAAGGAUUUCAGUUUUGCUGGAGCCAUAAUCGACCAGUAGAAACAUAAAAUCGAUAAUUGUACAUUUCGACUGAAAGGACUACUAGCGUAAUUAUGAAGACAUUUAUUUUGUCAUCACUAUGGAAUUUCUGUCACUGAGGCACAGACAUCCCUCCUGGGGAAAUGCCCCUUGCAUGGAGGAGCAAGGGGGGAUGGCUGUUUUCGCAGGCUACCUCCAGUGUUGUGUUGUUGAGUUGCUCACUUAAAAACACUAAACUGCUUUAAAGUGAAUCGGUGGAGUUUUUGUCAUUGUAUCUAAAUUGUUGCUAUUAUUCUUGGUGUAGGUGGUACAACAUGGGACAUAAUUCAGGGGACUCCAUUGGAGGGAACAUAGGACCUUCUGCAGGUUCAGGGGGCAUAAAUAAACGCCAUAGAGGCUCACCUCGUAAUGCUGCAAAGAAUUCUGCUGGUCAGCUUCGAAGUAGCAACAGUGCUGAGACACAAAUGCACUCUAAACCACGGCUGGUAAGCUGAAUCAAUUUUCACCUUUAUUUUUUUUUUGUCAAUUUUUAUUAGAAUUGACAUUUUGAGCACCCUGCGAGUGGGCAUCCUUUUGUUUUCUUGAGGGAGGAAGAGAUAAGGAGGCUAUGCCUGAAUAACAUCAAACCUUUGAAGUCGGCACAGCCCACACUUCUAGAAUAGUCAAUCUUGUUCGCCUCUUUCAAGUGCUAGCACUUGACGUUGAUUGUGAGCUCAUUGAGUAUGAGCAUCCGUUAUUAAUAAACUGGUGAUCAUAACCGAGCUCACAGUAGGCCUUGGUGCAAUACUAUAUUCUAGCAGUAUGCCAUGCUUUAGCCUGUAAAUAGGCAAUCUGUUUGAAGGGAAGAAGGUAGAAUUACAGUCCAAAUGUUUGUCACCAGGCUCUCACCGUCUUCCUUCCCCCUCCUCGCAAUUUUUUCACCCUUUCCCAAAACAGAGAGCCUGUUCACAGGCUAGCCACGGAUGCUCAACAGACAUCUUAUUUGAUUCAUGCAGAGUCUUUCUCAAGUGCGCUAAGAUAGAGCGAGCAAAAGAAAGACUCUGCUGGGAGAGUGCAUUUGGAGUUAAUAAUUGGUGUUGCUUUUCCGUUAGGUAAGAGCACAUGCUGUUGUUGGAAGAACAAAGUCACUUCCUGUAAAACCAACCCAACAGACAAGUGUUGUCUUACCACAGCAGCGUAUGUAG